AUGACUCACCCAAUUAUCUUCAACAGCAGUCUCGGUCUAGGCCUUAUGAUAGUCGGCCUCGGUCUCAACGCCACCUUUCGCCCAAAUGACCAUCUCCAGCGCCUCGAAUUCCCCGUCCCUACUGAACCUCUGGCAAAGAAGUUCAGUCUCGCGCUCAUGAAGAUUUGGGGCAUUCGCAACAUCACCGUCGGCGUCUUGAUCUCGCUUAUCUGGACAACUGGAGACGAGACAUUGAUGGCCAAGGCUUUGAGUGCAGCGCUGGCUAUGCCGGUUACUGAUGGUUUUGUGAGUAGGAUUAUUAUUGGAGGUGGGGAGACGCAGCAUUGGGUGUUUCCUCCUUUGCUUGUGGUCAUGAUUGCUGGAUUGUUUGGAUACUUUUGA